AUGAGCGGCCGAAGUAGGAGUAGAAAGUCCUCUCGCGCCAAAAGCCGGGGCAAAGCCCGUGCGAAAGCCCGCGUCCGCGCUGCUCCUGACAACGCUCCGCGCGACCUGGACCCUCCACAGUGCCCGAAGCUCCGGGAGGAAGCCAAGGCGGCACAGGUGCAGGCUGGCGCGGGUAGGGGUAGCCUGGAAACCGCUGCGCCCGCUGCGCCCCGCCGCCCCGGGGCGGAGGGGGCCUGUCGGCUCCCCCUGGACUGUGGUCUCGCGCUCCGGGCCCGAGCUGCGGGGGGUCGCGGGCAGGCCGCCCCCAGGGCCGGCCCGGGGAGGGCCCCGUCUCUCUUGGAGCGCCUGGAAAGAGACACUGUCUUCGUGGGAACUGUGGGAACUGUGGCAAGGCCGAAAAAUGGCCCUCGGGUUGGAAAUCGGCGUGGCCCUUCUAGGAAGAAGGCCCCAGAAACCUGUAGCGCAGUGGGAAGGGGUCCCCAGGCGAUAGCUGGUGGGAAGGUGAAGAAAGGGACCACUGUGGAGUGUGCCUCUGUCUCAGUGAUGGAGGAAAAGAAGGUGGAGAAUGAUGUAGCGUCAGGGCCCCAGGCCGCAGAUGGCAGCAUGGACACCCUGGAGACCGUCCAACUGAAGCUGGAGACCAUGAAUGCCCAGGCGGACAGAGCCUACCUUCGCCUGUCGCGCAAGUUUGGGCAAUUGCGACUGCACCACUUAGAGCGCAGGAACCGCCUCAUCCAGAAUAUCCCGGGCUUUUGGGGACAAGCCUUUCAGAACCACCCCCAGCUAUCAUCCUUUCUGAGCAACCAAGAUAAAGAGGUACUCGGCUACUUGAACAGCUUGGAGGUUGAAGAGCUUGGCCUCGCCAGAUUGGGCUACAAGAUCAAGUUCUACUUUGGGCGCAACGCCUAUUUCCAAAAUAAGGUGCUCAUCAAGGAAUAUGGGUGUGGCCCUUUGGGUCAGGUAGUGUCUCGUUCUACUCCAAUCCAAUGGCUCCCAGGCCAUGAUCUCCAGUCCCUAAGCCAGGGGAACUCAGACAACAGCUGUAGCUUCUUUGCGUGGUUUUCAAACCACAGCUCUAUUGAGUCUGACAAAAUUGUUGAGAUAAUCAACGAGGACCUGUGGCCCAAUCCUCUGCAGUACUAUCUUAUGAGUGAAGGGGCUCUUGGAGAGAAAGGAAAGGAGGUCAGGCGAAGUCCAGCAAGGCAGCCGGUGGAAUCCCCUGAGGUAAACCAGUCCAGAGGAGGUCAGGCAAAGUCCAUCAAGGCAGCCAGUGGAAUCCCCUGAGGUAAAUCAGUCCAACUGAUCCUGCACAAGUCUCAUACCUCUUGCUGGACCUGGCUGACAUCAUGUGCUUGGCCAUCUGCCUUCUCUUCAUGUUGGCCUCUGUGCACCAUAGCCCCUUUGGACUUUCACUGCCCUACAAGAAUAUGGCCUUUAUGAUCAUGUUCGUUUGCCUCCCUGUGACCUUCAUGCUGUUUUACAUUAGUAUCACAUGUUACGUGAUCUCGAAUACUGUUUGUAUGCUAAGCACAUGGUGCUUCGUAUGUGUGCUGCCUUUUAUCUACAUCACCUGGACCCUGUUCUUGGCUCUGACCUUGCCCACUUGUCUUUAACAUGGACACUGGUGAGUCAGCCUCCAGUUGGACCAGUACAUUCUCAAGCUCGGUUACAUCAAGGCUAGUGACUUGCUGGCAUUGGUGUUCGUGCUGGCCAUGCAUGCCGUCUUUGGCAAGCUUCUUUAUCUGUUACUGCUGCACAGUAAAUCCUGUGCACGUGGUAUUGACCAUCAGCAAGAACUGAGAGUUCCAUGGCCCUGGGGCACCAGUCAUGCUGCUACCUACUGAAUCUCUGGCUUUGUCCAGGAGUCCAUGCUACCCAUCCUGCUGGACACAGCAGAAUGGGCCCUUGGCUGCUGGGCAUGGAUGAGGUUAAGGGUGAGGAGCAGUAUGCCUUGUGUUCGACAUCAUGCCUCUUCCUAAUCCUCAGGGCCCUUCUACUGGUGAACCUUUGUUGAGACCUUUGCCACAUCCCGUCACUGUUAGGCCAUUGAGUUUUGUUUAGGUUGCUGUCAUCCCCAGUUGGCUUCCUGGUCAAGAAGGACUUCAAGAACUGCCUGUGGACCCAGACCCCCUGCCAGUGCAUGAGACACACACCUACUCACCCCAGCCUUCCAGAAAUCCUACUGGCUGCCAGACAGGUGGGAUGGUAUGUGUGGACAUGUCCUCACUGUCAUCAUGCUGUGGAUACAGGUGUUGCCUUGUGUAUGUGGAAGAUGAGUGCUAUAUGCUGCUUAUUUCAUCUCCAAGUAAAAAUCCUACCACUCCCCCCGUUUUUGCCUAAUGGGAAAAUAGAGCUGUACAUGUCUGCUUUUUUAAAAAUUUAAUUUAACUUGUGGCUCUUUAUUAUGGAUGUUUUCAGACAUGCACAGAAGUGUGCCCAUCACUUAGCUACAUCAAUUAUCAAUUAUGAUCAAACUUGUUUCAUCUCUGUCCCCCUCUCCUUGCUGGAUUGGUUAUCAAAAGUCCAAGACACUGUGCCAGUUCUACCAUGACUGCUCUGGGAGACUGGGACUCUAUUUUUGGUGGUGAUUGUGAUGGGGUGCGUUAUUGUUACCGCAUCAGGUCUGAUUUUUGCUUUUAAUGUUAUGGAAUGAAGUUCCAGAUAUGGCCCUUAAAAGCACAAGACUUCAGAAUUAACAAAGAGUCUCAAAAAGAGACAAAGAAGAUGCUGCCUACCCCCUGUGUCCACAGAAGGAGAGAAAGAUAGACUGUUCUGUUCUGAAAUUCUUCAAAGACUGAUAUAAGGUGCUGAACUGUGAUCCUUCUCUAGAAUAUCCAUCUUUUUUUCCUGUGUAAUAUGGAGACUUCUGUGUCUGCUAGGACUGUUACCAACUUGUCCUAGUCUCUCUUAGUACAACUCCUGUUGUUAGAAGUAUAAUUUGGAAAUUGUUCCUGUGUUCUGUGAAAAUAACCUCCCAUAAGUAAUCAGUAACUGGUUGUCUUACUUGAGAUUUUGACACCCUGGUAAUAGUGUAAUUCUUUCUGUAUUCUUAAACAGUGUAAAUGCUUGUAAGCUUACAUGCAUGAUAGAAAAAUAAAAGCCUUUGUUUUAUUUCUUAUUUUCAAAAAAGAAUGGGAAGGUGGUUUAAGCAGAGGCUGGGUAGUUGAGGGGAUAUAUGCAUUGGCCUAGAUAAGUGAUUCCCAAGCUUGAGAUCCGGGUGUGACUGGCUAUAUAAAGAUCAUCUUAGAAGCUUAUUAAGGGCCUCAUUCCCAGGCUCUUCCCAGAGAUUGAGAUUUUGUAGUUCUGGGAGGAGUCCCAAUAGUCUUCUAUUUAACAGGCUUUCCAGGUUAUUCCAGUGGGGACUUGUUGCUUCUCAAAUUUUAAAGUUCAUCUAAAUCAUGAGGGGGAUCCUGUUAUAAUAUGAAUUCUGAUUCAGUAGUCUGGGGGUGAAACCUCAGAUUCUGCAUUUCUAACAGACUUUGGGUGAUGCACGUGUGGUGGUUUGUGAACCACACUUUGAAUAGCAAGAGAGAUAACCUUCAAGGCCCUGUUGAACUAAUGCUGUCAUUUCUUCUACAUAUUUUACUAUAAAGAAGACCUUUCCUUCCCUGUGUGCAGAUCAACUACAGUUCCUCUUAAAGAAGCAGUGUAAAUGCUUAAUUCUUUCCCUUUAAUCACCAGUUUUCAGAAUCAGAAGUUGGCAAAUAGUCAUCUCCAAUGGUGACAUAUAAUGGCAUUGUUUUCUUUCUCUUUG